CUCAUUCAAUCCGGGUUUCUGACUAAGGCUAGUUUAUUAGCCCGAAGGUACCAAUAUGGCGGAGGCUUCCCUUGGAAGUGCGAGCCCAGUUGGCUCCUUGUCCUCGGAGGAUCACGACUUUGAUCCCACAGCAGAAAUGCUGGUCCAUGACUAUGACGACGAGCGGACUCUGGAGGAAGAGGAGAUGAGGGAGGGAGCGCCAAACGUGAGCGCUGAGAUAGCCGAUUUGGAAAAGGAGAGCGCUAUGCCACUAGAGGAGCUGUUGGCCAUCUACAGGUAUGAGGCUUCAGUCCACACAGUGGGAGGCUCCAGUGUGGACAGCUCUUCUGUGGAACUAACGGAUGAGCUCCCUGACAUGACACUAGAUAAAGAAGAAAUAGCAAAAGAUUUGCUGUCGGGGGAUGAUGAGGAAACUCAGUCCUCGGCAGAUGACCUCACCCCUUCCGUCACAUCUCAUGAAACCACUGACUUUUUCCCCAGAACCCUGCGAUCAACCGCCAUAUAUGAUGGUGACAAAGAAUCGGAAGGAGAGGAGGAUGGAAUGAGCCCAGAAGAUUCCAGAAAAGAGAUCAUGAUCGGGGCUGAGUAUCAAGCUGACAUCCCAUCUCUGUCCUGUAAUUAUGACUAUGAACGAGCAUAUGAAGAUGAAGAUCAGUUGCUCUGGCGACCUGACGGGCUGCCAGAGGCUAAAGUGACUGACUUCCUGCGUGAGGUGACACUGUUGCACACCAACGGAGGCAAGAUGGAAGGAGACUUGGACAGCGGUCGGGUGCGAGACAAUGAACAGGCUCUUUACGAACUCAUGAAGAACAAUUUCAGUGCGCACGAGGCCCUUGACCACUAUAACCGUAAUGGAAGGUCUUCGAAAGAUGAAAUGAUCCCCUGGUCUGAGGAAGAGUGUCGCAACUUUGAGCAUGCACUCCUGCUCUAUGAGAAGAAUUUUCACCUCAUACAGAAACACAAGGUCACAACAAGAACAGUGGCGGAGUGUGUGGCUUUUUACUACAUGUGGAAGAAGUCCGAGAGGUUUGACUUAUUUGUCCAGCAGAACCGUUUCGGCAAGAGGAAAUACAGCAGCUAUCCAGGAGUAACGGACCUAAUGGACCGGCUGGUGGACGAGGCGGAGGGGCUGGUUGCCGAGGGUUCUGCCUCCGUCUGCUCCUCCAGCAGCGGCCGCAUGGAGCCCCCCACUGACCAGCAGAUCAACCUGCUCAACUCCAUCACUGCCAGCGACCUGUCAGCCUUGACCAGCAGUGUUGCGUCCGUCUGUAACUCGGGUGAUGGGGGCACCGGCAGCUGCCUGGACUCGUACGCCUUUCCGCCGGCACUGGACAGCCUCCACCGCAGCGCUCUGUCCCACGAAGAGCCACUCGGGGUGGAUGGCGGCACGGCCGACUGUUUGAACCUGCUGGACGCGGGCUUCUACCACGCCGAGCUGGGCCCACUGGCAGUGUGCGGGCAAGGCUCGGGGGUGGGAGAGGAUGACCUAGAGCGCCCGGCCGCCAAGCGCCUGAAAAUGGGCCUGGCCGCCGAGCCCUACCUCAGUGAGGUGGGGGUGGGUGUUGGGGUGGAGUUUGAGGCCCGGUCGCACCACAUUACCAGCACCAAGAUGGCGGUCUCAGUCACCGACUUUGGGGAGGGUGGCGGGGGCGGCUACAUGGGGGCACACACCAACCAUCUCCACCAGCAUGCAUCACGCCAGUCCGAGUGAGGAGACUGCCUGUGUGCGGUACCGUGGUAAUCCUCGGUUGUCAGUCAGGCAACCCAAGUGAGCGCUGUUCUGGUAACCGUGCCUCUCCCCUGUAUGUACAUAGACAUUCAUUGGGAGUAAUUAUUAUGACCUAUUGUUGUUUAUAUAUGUAAAUAUGUACAUAGCAUCCUUUUGUACUAUGACAUCAGUGAUGUCUUUAUUGUAUAGAAAGAAAAAUCUUGAUUUCUCAAGAGUUAUUAUCAUAGCCAUUUAUUUUUCAGUGCUGACUUUGAAGUGUCAAAUGGUCUGACAUCUGCAUACUGUGGAGACUGAGCUGGUGGUCGACGGUGAGGGUGACUAGUCCUCUGUUUCCCCUUCCACCGAUCGUUCUGUUUUGAUAAUUGUCCCACCCGCCCCACAGUCUUCAACCAAUGACAAGGCCUCACAGCUGCUGUUAGCACCACCCCCCGAUUGUUUGGUACUGAUAGAUGUUUACAGGUACCUGGGUCCAGGCCCCCCCAUUGAUGUAGCCUUUUAUACCUGGGGGCCAAGACUUCAUAUUAAGUGUUUUGUCCUUCAGACUGCGAAGACUAUUAUGAAAGCGCCUCUGUGUGCUUAAAGAGAAGGCGCACUUCAUCUAGGUUUCUUAUUAAUGCGGUCACAUUUAUUUUCAGGAAUCUACUGUUAUAAUCAGGAGAUGAUUUUCAUUCUUUGUGGCCGCAUAUUACGAGUUAUGUCAACUUAACUGAAAGGAUGCCGGGUAGUCAACGAUGGCCACCACAACUCUAAUGGACAUUGUAUGUGAUAACUGACUGCAAUUUAUUUAUUUAUUAUUUUUUUUUAAAUCAUAUUUCCUGGCUUCUCUAGUAGGUUUGGGGAAGUAUUACAUUUCUGAAGUCUUUUUUUUUUUUUUUUUUCUCAAAGGUAUAUUUAAGUUUUUUGCUUUUCCUGAGCUUUUUCUUUGCUGGUUCAGACUGCUCAGGUUUGGAGAGCUUUGUGUGGGUAGUGUUCUUAUUUUAUUACUCUUGUCCUCCAUCAUGGACACAGCAGCCUGUUUUUGAAGUGUCUUUUAAAGGCUAUCAAUGGGACACCAUGUGUUAAUGCACCUGUUAAGCUAGACUGUGUGCAUAUCAAAAACCGUUGUUCACCUCCAAUGUUCCAGUAUUUCCUCCCCUACCACUUACUCAACCCUCAGAAAACAGGGUUGGUGUCUGUACCUCCGUAGUCAUGACAAUGUGCCACUUCUCACCUAGUUCUUGACUGGUCCAGACGGUUCAGGUGUUGGGUGUGGUAGCAGACUGCGUUCAUGAAUCAAUCGGUGCAUUCAAAAAAAGCAUAUGUUUGCUUUUUAGAUGUAGGCGUUCGUCGUUUGGAGGUUUUUUGGGUGGGGAGGGAGUCACUGGAAGACUGAGGUUGGAGUUAAGUUUUUAGGGGAUAUUAACAUGACAUGUCCUAAUAUACCACAUUAAGACACACUGUUUCUCAAUGUGGAAGUGUGCAUAUGUGCAAGGAAGUUGGAUGUCAUGUCCCCCACCGUUUUUUCAUCUCCCCUGAAUUCAUCCUAAUGGACAGACUUGAGUUUGUUUUGGGUUUAUUGGAGAUGGUGCAGCAGUUUGUAUGUUCACUUCUAUGGCAAUAAUGUGUAAAAAUGUACAGAAAUGUGUAUAGACCCUCUUGUCUCCUGUGACGUCCGUACAAUUGUUCUCUCUCUCUAAUUUUAUUGGUUUGAAUCUUGAGCAGAAGUUGGUCUUUGUCUCUCUGGCCAAUUAAGUGGUUUGUCUUCUUUUACAAUUUUUCCCCUUUGCUUUUGGAGUGCUGAUGGAGAAGUUAUUUAUUUAUUUAUUUAUUAUUCAUUCAGUUAUUUUGUUAAUUGCAGGAACGUGGAGAGAGUGUGAGUCAUGAGUGUAAUAUCAUUGUCCAGUUUCCCCCUGCCCCUUGUCCUUGUACACCCUGGGUAGGUGUUAGGCUGUGACCUGUAAUUGCAGUCCUGCUUUCAUUCACCAAAAUGAUGAUGUGGCAGCUCAUGUAAAGUCUGCCUGCCCGAAGGAAUACUGGAGAGGCGUGUCCUAUCGCAAGAGGAGGAAGAGAAGUAGAAUGUACAGUAUUAUGACAGUUGAAGGAGUUUACUCGGCCUGUGAGUGUACUGUGGGGGCAAGAGAAUGUUGAUACUGAAAGGAGGGCAUUGGCAUGUUUGAUCACUUGAAUUUGCUUAAUGCCUUUUUUCCUGGUUGUAUGACCCAGUUGAUGUCUGUGUGAGGGUGUUCUUUUUAAUUAAUGGAUUGACGGACUGAGGUGGUGUGUGUAAGUGGAUUGAGAUAUACAUGCGCUGUCCAAAGCAUUGCCCCCCCCCCCCAAGCUUGUAGCGAGGGGCUAGCUUUGUCAUGCUUAAGACACUGAUGGCCUUUUUCUAUUUCCAGAUUUAUGUACUUGAAAGAUGUAUAUUGAUGCCAUUUUUUAUUUAAUUUUUUUUUUUGGUGAAGACAAUAAAUAAGUCGAGUCAGACCAUGUAGGUUUGUGUAAAUUGUUCCAGCUUUCUCUUGGGGGUCCGAACACUUGGUUUCCCAACCAGGAAUGCAUGUCAGUGCAGUUAUAUGGUCAUCCAAAGUUUUCUCUAAAAGGUAUCAAGUAGGCUACAGUUUGUACAAUGUAGUGAUCGGUCAUUGUCGUGCAGGGAUGUAAUGUACAUUCAUAUCUCCUUGCCUCAACCACUAAUGAACCGCGACUUGUCUUCUACAUACAUUUUUCCACUGUUGGGCUUAGAAUGUAAUAAAUGUAGGUAGAUUAUCGCAGAACAGUUUUGGACUCAGAACAUUGUGGGGGUGAAAACAUAGUGUUACAUAGACAAUCAAACAGCAAGAAAUAUUCAAAAGACUUUAAUUGUUAAUAUUUGUACAUAGAAUCUGUUUUUCCAAAUUUUUUUGUAUUUUUUGUUGUACCUAAAUAACUGGUGAACAGUUCCAGAAAUAAAGCUCUGGAUAUUGUAUGUU